AUGAAUUUUCCGCGAAUAUUAUUUAAAAGAUAUAAUUUAAACUUGAAGCGGUUUCUUCAUGGAAAUAAUCAACAAUGGAAUAAGGAACAGGAAAAAGAAAAUCCGUUUUGCUUAGAACCCAUCGACCAAGCGGCUAUCACUUUGAGAAAACAUGACAAUAGGAGGCGACAGAGUUUAUACAACUUCGGCUUAUACGUAGCGUCCUGUAUGCCGAAGUAUGUCCAAAAAAUCCAGCUGCAGCACACAGAUGAAUUGGAAAUACUUAUUGCGCCAGAGGGUUUGUAUCCCGUGCUGAGUUUCAUGGCGCACCAUCAAAAUUCCUGCUUCAAUCAGUGCUCCGAAGCGACCGCUAUAGAUGUACCGAAGCGUGCUUAUAGAUUCGAAGUGGUGUAUAAUCUUCUUAGCCUUAGGUAUGGUGAACGGGCUCGAGUGAAGACUUACACCGACGAACUGACGCCUCUACAUUCAUCGUAUUCGCUCUGGAAGUGCUGCAAUUGGUACGAAAGAGAAAUCUACGAUAUGUUCGGCAUAGUUUUCACCAAUCAUCCGGACUUGAGAAGGAUUCUCACUGAUUACGGGUUCAAAGGUCAUCCCCUAAGAAAAGACUUCCCACUAGUUGGGUAUACGGAAGUUCGGUACGAUGAUGAAUUGAAGAAAAUCGUGUAUGAACCAGUGGAAUAUGCACAGGAGGUGCGAUUGUUCAAUCUCGAAUCCCCUUGGAAUUAUAUGAAAAAUUUCCAUGAAGGCUAUUCUGAUCCACCUAAAAGUAAAGAAGAAUCGAAAAAUGUAACCUAAGAAAAAAUAGUAACUGGCCAAAGAAAAAUAUGUAGGUUACUAUUUGGUGUUUGUUGAUGAUUUGAAAAAAUGGUGUGAUACCUUUGCUAUUACAUCAUUUUUUAAUAUAAUACUCGGUAAAGAAACAGGUCAACAUUAAAAAUUGCUUGACAAUACCCUAUAAGUUUUCACUAAUGUAUUUUCAAAUGUUCCUGGCCAUCUAGGGACUAACCUAACAAUUUACAUUUUACAAUGAAACACGGAUUUACAUAUCCAAAUUAGAUGUGAGAUUGCAUG